UUGUGUAGCUAACAAAUAAAACCUCUUAUCAGUUCUAUAAGUAAAAUAUCAUCAGCGCAUUAGGCCCCUUCUCACGUAUGCGACUACCAUCCCCGCAUGAGUUUAAUCAGUAUGUCAUUGCAUUGAAAAUUUCGUUCGUUGGCCGAUCGAAUUAGUCUGCAGCUGGCAGAGAGAGCGAAUGCAAAGGUCAACCAUUCACCAAUAUUGAACAUUGGAUAGCCAGUCCCAUUAAUUAGAUUGACCAUCUAUCGCUGUAUAUAGUGAUUUUAAACUUUUGUACUAAACGCGUGAACCUAAUGCUUAUAAUCGUUUGAUUUUCUGUUUUUUUUCCUGUUCUGUCUUUGGGGACUUGACUCUCACUGAAAAGAUGUCUAGCCGAAAAGUGAUUUCAAGAAACGACACAUCGUACAUUCCAAAUUGGCUUGAGUAUCACAAGAAACCGAUUUCAAUGAUUCUAAGACUGUACUCGAGCUUCAUCCUAUUUUGGGACUUUUGCAUAAUAUUGAUUUAUUUUGCGCUUCAAUUACUGAGAUCACUGUAUCAGCUAGUGAAGCCUCCGAAGCGAAAAUCUGUCGCCGGGGAAAUUGUUGCGAUUUUCGGCACCAGUCGCGGCGUCGGACGUGACCUGGCGCUUCAAUUAGCUGAACAUGGCGCCAAGGUGGCCUGUGUAGAUAUCAACUCAACGGACAAUGAUGUGCUAGUCAAGAACAUCAACUCAAGCGGUUACAUUGCCCAUGCCUUUGAAUGCGAUGUGACUAACAAGAAUGACGUCAUUCGAACGACGAAUGCAAUCGAGAAAAAGUUUGGCCCUAUUUCAAUGCUUUUCCAUUGCUGUGGUGUACCUAGUCCACGAUCCUUGAUCAAGGAGGCCCCAACGAUUCAAGCAACUCUGGAACUGAGUGUCGUGUCACAUUUCUGGCUUCUGGAAGCAAUUUUGCCAAAAAUGAAACGGCACAAUCAUGGCCACAUUGUGUUCCUUACCUCGGUAGCCGGGCUGAGUGGAGUCAAACAUCAGACACCACUGUCAGUGGCUCAGUUUGCCGUCCAGGGACUGUUUGAAUCAGUGCUGGACGAGCUGCGCAUCGAAAAGUUUCACAAAACCAUCCACACCUCACUGGUUCACCUUUACCCGUUCGUAAUAACACCGAAUUGCCGCAACGACAUUCGAAUGCGCAUUCCGUCUGCGUUCGGUACCAUCCCGUCGGAAGAAGCCGCCCGCCGGAUAAUCGACGGUGUUCGAAGAAACAAACUGGAGAUUAGUAUUCCCAAGUAUCUGCUGCUGUUGGGACACGUAGUUCGAUUGCUUCCGAGGCGGGCCACGCUGCUGCUUCGAGAGCUGUUCGACACGGGAGUUGAGUUCUAAAGGGGGUUCGAAACAAUGCGCGAACUACGAACCGGUUGAUGCCAUACGAUUCUAUUUGUUUUUUGUUACAUAGAACUCGACAUUCACGUUGCCUAAGAUUGAUUUCUCUGUGUUCAAUAUCGACACACCUGUAUUUAGGGUAGAUGCUUGCAAAUCGAGAGAAUUUGAUAUCAUGAUUAAAUAUAGUAUUAAAGAACCA